AUGCGGCGGAUCGCUGAGGAACAGAUUUCGGCAGACGACACCGCCUUCUACUUUUGCGAAAUGAACGAAGGAACAUCCGAAAUUGAGCGGCUCAACGUAGAUGAUUACGGAAACAUCACAAAUUGGCCACAAAACUUCUUUGGUGACGCAACAGGUGAUCUGGUCGAGAAAACCAAAGCCGAAAUGAAACGCAAGAAGGAGCAAGUUAGCAGCUCCUCAAAACAUAGGAGGGAUAGCGUGAUCUACGAGAUAAGAACUUACAACUUGAAACUUGGGCAACUCCAAGAGUACUGGAAACGCUUCAGCGAAAAACUACCCGGUCGCCAGGAACUCUCGCAACUCGGAGGACACUGGUACACCGAAGUGGGACCGUUGAAUCAGAUGGUCGCCAUUUGGCCCUACGAAAGCCUUGAACAGCGGGCAGAAAUUCGACGCGCUGCAGAAGCCGAACCAAAUUCGGUAUGGCCCCCCGAUACAAGUGAUAUCAUCGUAUCAAUGGUAUCCGAGAUUUAUCUACCGGCUCCUUUUAUGGAACCCUUAGGCGAAAAGGACAUCGGACCACUGUAUGAAAUGCGUCUGUACACCUAUCCUGCGGAAGGUAUGCCACAAGUCUUAGAAGCGUGGGGUGCGGCUAUCCCCGAGCGCGUGAAACUCUCACCACUGGCAGGCUGCUGGUACUCAGAAUACGGGGGUGUCAACAAUUUCAUCCAUCUCUGGGCGUAUAAGAGUUUUGAAGAACGCCAACGCGUCCGAGCAGAGACACGAGAGAAAGGUGUCUGGCCCCCCAAAGGCUCCGUCAGACCCAUCACACAGGAGAGCAAACUCCUGCUCCCUGCCCCGUUUUCACCGAUGCAGUAG